GAUUAUCUGAACACUGAAGUCAUCAUUUUCUAGUUUCUACUACUGCUCAUUAGUUCUGGAAAUUUGAAAUCUUCGUUUCUCGCGCCGCCAUUGAAAUCGAGAGAGUGAGAGAUUACGUCAGAUCGGUGAGCUUAAUCGCCGUCAAUUUAUUGUUCCUGUGCGACGCGUUCUCUUUAUCGCUCUAUCAAAAUCGAAGGUGCUUAGCAGCUUGAGAUACUUAAAUUAGAGGUUGACAUGAGAUGCAAUGCGUGCUGGAGGGAUUUGGAGGGCAGGGCCAUUUCCACUACCUGCGGUCAUCUAUUAUGCACUGAAGAUGCCAGCAAGAUUCUCAGUAAUGAUGGGGCAUGUCCCAUUUGUGAUCAAGUACUUUCCAAGAGUCUUAUGAAACCUGUGGAUAUCAAUCCAAAUGAAGAAUGGAUAAAUAUGGCGAUGGCUGGAAUUUCUCCACAAAUACUGAUGAAGAGUGCAUACCGAAGUGUAAUGUUUUACAUCGCCCAAAGGGACUUAGAGAUGCAGUACACGAUGAAUAGAGUUGUCGCACAGUGUCGUCAGAAAUGUGAAGGUAUGCAAGCAAAGUUUAGCGAGAAAAUGGAGCAGGUGCAUACAGCAUACCAGAAGAUGGGUAAGAGGUGUCAGAUGAUGGAGCAAGAGGUAGAAAACUUGACCAAGGAUAAGCAAGAGCUCCAAGAGAAGUUCUCUGAGAAAUCAAGACAGAAGAGGAAGCUUGAUGAGAUGUAUGACCAGCUAAGAAGUGAGUAUGAGUCAGUCAAACGUACAGCCAUCCAACCAGCAAACAACUUCUACCCCCGACACCAAGAACCCGAUUUUUUCUCAAACCCAGCAGUUAACAUGAUGGAGAACAGAGAGCCCAUUCGCAAAGACCGGUCGUUUUUCUCUCCUGCAACACCAGGGCCUAAAGAUGAGAUAUGGCCAGCAAGACAGAACAGUUCAAACUCAGGUCCGUUCGACAUCUCCACUGACUCACCCGCGAUUCCAUCCGAUCUUGGAAACAGAAGAGCAGGAGGAGGACAUCCUGUAUAUGGUGGUGGUGGUGGCAAUUCUAAUCCCCAAUCAACUCUACGAAACCUUAUUCUCUCCCCUAUUAAACGCUCUCAGCUCUCUCGUUCUCGCCCUCAACUGUUCACGCUAUAGCUUAAGGAUCAAGUUCAAGUGUUCUGAAACUGCCUUGGUGGAUGCCCUAAUAGCCACAACCAGUAAGUGACUACGUUUUUAUAAUAACCUGUCUGUCUUAAUAAGUAAAAAAUCUGAGAAAAUAAUUGUAGGAUUUGAGAAAAAGAAACACUCUCGUCUAUAUAAAUAAUAAUGGUAAAUCAUAUUUUAGUAGAA